AUGCCCGCAGUGAAAGUGUUUAAUAUAUUCGGUGGGCAGAAGCCGACCGAGAAGCGAUCCACUUCACCCCCCGCUAAUUCGGCCCCGCAAAAGUUCUACAGGACUUUUUCAGUUGCACCCGAAAUCUCGACCGAGCACAAAGGCGGCAAAGUCACUGCUAUCGCUGCCCAUCUAGAGAAGAAGAUUAGUGAGCCAGCCAAACUUUCUAGUGAUAACGUUCACGUUAAAAACUACGCGGCCAAGUUUAUCUGUGACUCCGUACAUAGCGCUGAAGUAAAACCGCGGCACCACGCGUAUGAAAAUGUUCAGUUUCCAAGAACGGAGACUGUCUUUUCGAAAAGUUUCAACUUGUUAGAGGAGUCUAAAGGAUAUUCAUCUAUUUACGAAAACAUUACAGUGUUCGGUAAGCUAACUGAAUCUGAGGCAAAAGUCGAAAGCGACCCUAAUUCGGAGUCAAAAUUAGAUAAGGCAUUGGAGUCGUUCGAUAAAAUUUUAUCGGAAUUCACUGUGAGCACGUCAUUGUCCCCAGAAAUUAAUUUAAACGUGAAUCCGAACUUCGUUGUGCCCAAGCUACAAAAGUCAAAGACCUGUAGUAUCAUUGAGUCGCGUUGUAUUCUCAAAAAGACUAAUUCCGAUCCCGAGAGUGACAGGAAAGUGCGUAAUUUAUCUAGGAAAAAUUCUAUCGAUAAAACUACGAGCUUGUGGAAUCUCGACGAUAUGAAGGGGAAAGAAUUAACGAGUCCUUUAAAGCCUCUAUCGCUACCACCGAGUGAUAAAGUGAACUCCGAUAAAUAUGCUACUUACAAAAUUUCUUCUAAAUCUCCGUCGCGGCCAAAUUGUAUAAAAACCGAGGACUUGAAAAAGCUUGAUGUAAAAACAAGGAUUUUAAAAAAGACUCUAUCUAACCCACCUUCUUCGCCAGUACCCGUGGUAAACAAAACGAAGCUAAGUCCCAAGAAAAGUGAUAACAAAAAAUGCAGUGAAGUAAAAAAGAUUAAAACCAAACUCGGCCCGGAAAACGCUAAGCCAUCGGCGGAGAGCAGUCCGAGAUCAAGGAUGCAAAAAGCUAAGAGUGUUUGGGAAAUAGGAAACGAGUCGAUGAAAUCACCUGUUUUGGAAAGGACAAAAUCGUCCACUUCUAUCGCGGGCUCUCCCAGUAAGAUCCCGGUGAUAAGGAGUCAAAUGUCACAAAAUAAGUUUAGCAGCACCAGAGCACUGUUUUCUCCCACUCCGGUUGAUCUAAACAACUUAGACCAGGCCAGAGAGUGUGUUCAGAAAAAGAAGCUAAUAAUCUCGAGGAAAAGCACAGAGAAACCAGAUCUAAUCAAGCCAAUAAAACAAAAGUCGCAACUCAAUCUAAAGGCGGACGCGAAGCGGUCAACGGAUAAAACCAAGAAAGAUGCCCUCGACAAAAAGGCAAUAUCCUCACCGAAAUUGUCACCGCGAGACUAUUCAGAAGAAAUCAACGCUAUACGUGCCAAGUUACAACAAAAAAAAAAUAACAACAAAAGAGACCUCGUAAUUGGAAUCUGUGACAAUAAGCGAAAUGAAAACGAAACGAGCAUUGAUUCGUCGCUGUCACCUGUCAGAAAUAUCGUUAAGAGACUAGAAUGCAAGACCGCUUCCGAAUUGAGGAACGAGCCUAACUUUGUGAGCUGCAAAGUUAUACCGCCCGAGCACAAAAUUCUGUGCGUCGCGAACACCACUUUUCACAAUCAUUUGAGCACACUCGUCGGCCGUCAAAUACGAUGCGUCGAAUCGCGAGAUGACAGUAAAAUAUGUUCACAGGAGAAACUUCCCGUGCAUAAGCACAGCGAGGAAAAAAUAUCAGAUACGCACUCCGAUUGCAGCGACGACUCUGGCCACGUUUCUAAUGACGCGGUGAACGACAGCGACGUGCUGUACGACAACGUGCGCGAGUUGAGCCCUUUGGAAGUCGAUGUGGCCGAUUGCAAAAUAUUCAGCCAGCCGAAACCGUUUAGGAGCGAUUUGGAGGACACGAACGUUUGCCCCGUACGGCCUACGAGGCGUGCGCGCUCCAACGAGGUCGCUAGCGGUACCCAUGCGACCACUGUCGAGCCGAAAGUGGAGGAACAGGUACGCGACACUGUCAACAUAUCGAUAAUUACAAAUUACGGCCUAAGUCUGACAUAA